CAACAAAAAAAUCACUACUAUUAACAUAAAACAACAGACUCAUUGCGAUCGAAAUAAAGUAGUCAUAGGAUCACCCAUAACAAAGAAGGAUACUAGUUAGCUUCCUGUCUUGCAUAAACCAAUCCCGUAAACGUUCCUGAAAAGCUUGUUGUACAGUGGCCCGAACGGUACAAAUUUCUGGGUUUCAACUCCGGCAAGUCGAUUGGGAUUGCCAAAUGGCCAGUCUCCCAUCUCAUGUUCAGAAUGUGAGGUCCCUCUAUAAGAGGAUCCUAGUUCUUCAUCGCAUGCUUCCUCUGCACUUCAAAGCCUUGGGAGAUCAGUAUGUCAAGGAAGAGUUUAGAAGACACAAAAAUGCCAGUCCUCAGGAGGCCAAAUUAUUUAUGGAGGAGUGGGAGUGUCAGAAUAAAACUCUGAUGGGCUCAUUAGAUAACUUUGAUGGAUGGUUCCUUUGUAACCUGUGUCAUCCCUACAAGGGCUCUCUGAGAGUGGGAUCUCUGUCAUUCCUAGCUCUGGUCUAUGCCACAUUAUUAUGGAAACAAGCUAAUGAGAAGCUACACUCUUCAGGAGGGAAAGGAAUCUUUGGGGCUUCGUUAUCACAAGAGAAACUGAAUUGCUUCCGUGAAGAACAGAUCGGACAGUUAUUUGAACUGAUGCAGGAAACUACAAAACAGAAACAUCAGUUUGAUGUUAUUGAGGAUGGACAGAAGUGAUCCCAAAAUGUUAUGUGAAGAGACGUUGUGUUUUGUGCCAUUUCCCUCAAAUGCAGUCUACACGAAGCAAUGUUAUUGUGCCUCAGAAUAUGUAUAAUGUUUGUAUGAAAUAACAAUAAAUUGCUUCUUUGUCAUUUAAA